UUCCUUUUUCCUUACUUCACCACCAACCCCCCUGCCCACUCGGUAUCUGGUGGACCAGCCCGGCUCGCCACGCCCCGCUCCCCAGGCUGACAGGGACUGGUCCCGCGGAGUCUAGUGGCGGGAAAGGCUGCGGCCCGGCGCCUGAAGCCUGCUGGCUCCGCGGGCAUCCCGAGGACCCGCGGGGAGCGGGCCUCAUCAUUUCUGUCUCCUCUAUCUCCACCUACCUUACUUCUCCAUUGGUCCACCGGUAUAUGGACUUGUGCAUGAUGAAUUGUGAACUUCUAGCCACAUGUAGUGCCCUUGGGUACUUGGAGGGAGACACUUACCAUAAGGAACCAGAUUGCUUAGAGAGUGUGAAGGACUUGAUCCGUUACUUGAGGCAUGAGGAUGAGAUGCGAGAUGUGCGGCAGCAGCUGGGAGCAGCCAAAAUCCUACAGAGUGACCUUCUACCUAUCCUUACCCAGCACCACCAGGACAAGCCUCUCUUUGAAGCUGUUAUCAGGCUGAUGGUGAACUUGACACAACCAGCCUUGCUCUGUUUUGGCAGUGUGCCCAAGGAGCCCAGCUUCCGGCACCAUUUUCUGCAGGUGCUAACUUAUCUGCAGGCAUACAAAGAGGCCUUUGCCAGUGAGAAGGCUUUUGGAGUCUUCAGUGAGACCUUGUAUGAGCUGCUGCAGCUGGGCUGGGAGGAACGACAGGAGGAAGACAACAUGCUGAUUGAGCGAAUCCUACUACUGGUCAGAAAUAUUCUCCAUGUCCCAGCUGACCCUGAUCAGGAGAAGAGGAUUGAUGAUGAUGCCAGUGUCCACGACCAGCUUCUCUGGGCAGUUCACCUCAGCGGCCUGGAUGACCUGCUCCUCUUUCUGGCCAGCUCAUCUGCUGAGCAGCAGUGGAGCCUACAUGUGCUAGAGAUUAUCUCUCUUAUGUUCCGUGACCAGAACCCUGAGCAGCUGGCAGGAGUAGGGCAAGGGCGCUUAGCUCAGGAGCGGAGCACGGAUGUGGCGGAACUGGAGGUGCUGCGGCAGCGAGAGUUGGCAGAAAAGAAGAAUCGAGCCCUCCAGCGAGGCAACAGGCAUUCUCGAUUUGGGGGCUCUUAUAUUGUCCAGGGGCUGAAAUCCAUUGGGGAGAGAGACCUCAUCUUUCACAAAGGUCUUCACAAUCUUCGAAACUACAGUUCGGAUUUGGGAAAGCAGCCCCGAAGGGUGCCUAAACGUCGCCAGGCUGCCCGGGAGCUGUCCACUCAGCGCCGCUCUGCCCUCAAUGUGAGACUUUUCCUCAGAGAUUUCUGCUCCGAGUUCCUGGAGAACUGCUAUAACCGGCUCAUGGGCUCAGUGAAGGAUCACCUGCUUCGGGAGAAGGCUCAGCAGCAUGAUGAGACUUACUACAUGUGGGCCUUGGCUUUCUUCAUGGCCUUCAACCGAGCUGCCUCCUUCCGGCCAGGCCUGGUUUCUGAGACCCUCAGCGUCCGUACCUUCCACUUCAUCGAGCAGAACCUCACUAACUACUAUGAAAUGAUGCUGACCGAUCGCAAGGAAGCCGCCUCUUGGGCCCGCCGGAUGCACCUGGCUCUGAAGGCCUAUCAGGAGCUUCUGGCCACAGUGAAUGAGAUGGACAUGUCCCCAGAUGAGGCUGUGCGGGAGAGCAGCCGCAUCAUCAAGAACAACAUUUUCUAUGUAAUGGAGUACCGAGAACUAUUCUUGGCACUCUUUCGAAAGUUCGAUGAGAGAUACCAGCCCCGAUCUUUCCUUCGUGACCUGGUGGAAACCACCCAUCUCUUUCUCAAGAUGUUGGAGCGAUUCUGUCGGAGCCGUGGGAACCUAAUAGUGCAGAACAAGCAGAAGAAGAGAAAGAAGAAGAAGGUCCUAGACCAGCCCAUUGCUUCUGGUAAUGUCUCCUAUAGUGCAGAGGAGCUGGAGGCUAUGUGGCCAGCCCUGGCUGAGCAGCUACAAGUCUAUGCCCAGGACCCUGAGCUCAGUUUGGACUCCAUGGUUCCCUUUGAUGCGGCCUCCGAGGUGUCAGUGGAAGAGCAGCGAGCUGAAGCGAUGUUGCGGAUCCAAGACUGUCUCCUGGCUGGCCAGGCCCCACAGGCCCUGACCCUCCUGAGGUCUGCCCGGGAAGUGUGGCCAGAAGGAGAUGUGUUUGGCUCUCAAGACAUUUCCCCAGAGGAAGAGAGCCACCUGCUAAAACAAAUCCUCUUGGCUCCACUUCCCCGGCAGCAGGGGCCAGAGGAACUAGGGGCAGAGGAAGAAGAGGAAGAAGAAGAGGAGGAGGAGUUGCAAGUGGUCCAGGUGUUAGAGAAAGAAUUUAAUUUCCUGGACUACCUGAAACGCUUUGCGUGCUCCACUGUUGUCCGAGUUUACGUGUUGCUGCUGCGGAGCUACCAGCAGAACAGUGCCCACACUAACCACUGUGUUGUCAAGAUGCUGCACCGGCUGGCCCAUGACCUCAAAAUGGAAGCCCUACUUUUCCAGCUCUCACUCUUCUGCCUCUUUAAUCGUCUGCUUAGUGACCCUGCUGCUGGGGCCUACAAAGAGCUAGUGACUUUUGCAAAGUACAUCCUGGGCAAGUUCUUUGCACUGGCUGCAGUCAACCAGAAAGCCUUUGUGGAGCUGCUGUUCUGGAAGAACACUGCUGUGGUUCGCGAGAUGACUGAGGGCUAUGGCUCCCUGGAUGGCGGGUCUUCCAGUCGCAGACCCCCUGUGUGGAGUCCAGAGGAGGAGGCCCAGCUUCGGGAACUGUACCUCUCCCAUAAGGAUGUGGAAGGUCAGGAUGUGGUGGACGCCAUCUUGGCACAUCUGACUACUGCUCCUCGAACACGCAAGCAGGUCAUCCACCAUCUGGUUCGUCUGGGACUAGCUGACAGUGUUAAGGACUUCCAAAGGAAAGGAACCUCUGUUGUACUGUGGACGGAAGAUCAGGAGCUAGAGCUGCAGCGGCUUUUUGAGGAGUUCCGGGAUUCAGAUGAUGUCAUGAGUCACAUCAUGAAGAACAUUACAGCCAAACGCUCACGGUCUCGAGUAGUGGAUAAACUUCUGGCCCUGGGGCUGGUAGCUGAGCGGCAGGAGCUGUACAAGAAACGCCGGAAGAAAUUGGCACCCUCCAGCUUGCCCAAUGGAGAGGACUCCCUGGAACAUUUUUGCCAAGAAGAUCUGGAAGAAGAGGAAAACUUGCCAGAGGAAGAGAAUGAAGAGGAAGAAGAGGGCUCAGAAACAGAAACAGCCCAGGGUAGCUCAGUCUUCCCAACUGAAAACCUUGGGCAAAGCCUGCGUCAGGAAGGCUUUUCUGCUCCCCUCCUGUGGCUCCAGAACAGCCUGAUUCGCAUAGCGGAUGAUCGAGAAGAGGAUGGCUGCUCCCAGGCAGUUCCAUUAGUGCCACUGACAGAAGAAAAUGAGGAAGCCAUGGAAAAUGAACAGUUUCAGCAGCUGCUGCGCAAGCUAGGGGUUCGGCCCCCUGCCUCUGGGCAGGAAACCUUCUGGCGAAUUCCAGCCAAGCUGAGUCCCACCCAGCUCCGGAGAGUAGCAGCUUCUUUGAGUCAUCCAGAGGAAGAGAGGAAGCUGCAGCCAGAACCAGAACCUGAAGCUCCUGAAGAACAAGGGCAAGAGGAGGGGCACCGAGCACAAGCUCUGAGAGCCCUCCUGUUAGCCUGUAAAAGGAAAGCAGGCCUGGAGUCCCCAGGGGAGGAACAAGCUGCAGAUGGGAAAGAGCAGCUGAAGGCAGCAGCCAGGAAGCGACAACUGCUGGACAGUGAUGAGGAACAGGAAGAAGAUGCGGGCAGGAGCAAAGCAUCAGAGUUAGGAGCUCCAAGAAUCCAAAAGAAGAAACGGUUUCAGAUUGAGGAUGAAGAUGAGAACGACUGAAGAGCCAGAAGCCUGGGGGUAGAUACAGGCCUGUUCAUAGACAGCGAGUUUAAGGCAGAGUUGAGAGGGUCAUAUAGGACCCAGGAACUCUUACUGGACAGAAGCAGUGGAGUCCUGGCUUCCCCAUGGAUUUAAGGCCCAGGAAUUUCAGGAACCUCUGCACCCAGAUCUUGCUUCUUCCAGUUCUAUCACCAUGCCACAAUAGCUCCUUGGAGAUUUAUCACUCUUCUUCUAGGAUCCACUCCUUCUCUUUCUCUUCUUGGUUAUUAGAGCCCCCUAGCAGAUGAGAGGGGUAAGUGAAAUAUAGACAGCACCCUGGACUCUUCUUAUUAGACUGCUCCUUCAGACAGGGAACAUUUUAACAUCAUGACGGGCGGGGGUUUUGUACCAUUUUUAGAAGGACAUUGAUAUGCCCCUGUGAUCACCCACUAGACACAGAUUGAGUCCAAUUCCUGCAGUUAAGGUUGGGUUGGGAUGAGGUACCCUCCAGCUGAUGAAAUGUGGUUUGUUUGUGUUUUGCAUUGAAUUAAACAUGUAAAAUUAAAAG